AUGCAGUUCGUAGAGUCUUUUCAAGAACAGAUAUUUUCGUGUCCACCAUCCGCAGAAACUUCUAAAGAAUUGAUUGACAGUGAUUUGGCAAACCGAAUCUCGUCUUCGGUUCUUCCAGUUGCCUCCAACGCUGAUUUGUCAAACCGAAUCUCGUCUUCGGUUCUUCCAGUUGCCUCCAAUGCUGAUUUGUCAAACCGAAUCUCGUAUUCGGUUCUUCCAGUUGCCUCCAAUGCUCAUUCCAUUACCUCCAAAGCACGUCUCUCAGGUCCAAAAGGCAACUAUGUAAAACUGAACCUUCGUAAAAAGCGUUUCAGUCGUUGUGGGUCCCAGCGACAAGCACACACUAGAUUUCAAAUUCGAAGGUCUAAAUUGGCCAGAAAAUUCGGCUUUAAAUACGGUAGAAAGGGUAAAUGUUUCCGGUGCAACCAAGAAGGUCAUUGGGCUAGUAAAUGUCCUAAAACUGUUGCAGAGCGUUCCCCACAGCAAACCGAUCCAGAGGUCUUCGAAUCUGAACAAAACCUAGGUUUGAUUGAAUUGCGUAUCGCCGAUUUGGUCGACCUGCGCCGCCAAUUUCCCUCCGGGCCACAGUUAUGCGAGCUUUUGAACAUUGGCGAUGAGAUAGCUUAUCCCCAAACUUCUCCCGGAAACACUUCAGCGACCUUUGACUUUACUGAAGUGAAAGACUUUAUGGCCAACUUGCUGCAUCAGAUGGGAAUUCGUGGUUUUCGUCCGGGCCAGGAAAGAGUUGUUUGGAGGACUCUCGCUGGAAAAUCGACCCUUCUUGUCUUGCCAACUGCCGGUGGAAAGUCACUCUGCUAUCAGCUGCCAGCAGCCAUCAUUCAGAAAUUUAACCCUCCAUCUACAGCGCUAGUCAUUUCUCCCCUAAUUUCGCUCAUGGAAGACCAGGUGUCCUCCCUUACCUCACCCAUUCGGGGCGUCUUUCUCAGCUCAAGUCAGACAAGAGACGAAAAGGAAGCGAUUUUGGAUGCAGUUAGGAAAGGCCAGUAUGCAUACAUUUUGAUGUCACCCGAAGCUUUGGCUGAAUCUGAUUGGAUUCUGCGUCGAAAUUGUCUCCCACCCAUAAGUUUUGUCUGUAUUGACGAAGCCCAUUGUCUGGCUGAUUGGUCGCACCAUUUCCGUCCAUCCUACCUUCAAAUAUGCAACCUGAUUCGGAAUCGCCUUGGUGUAAAUCAGUUUCUCGGACUCUCUGCCACUUGCACACCUUCAACCAUUUCGAAUAUUUGUCAAAAUAUGGGCAUAAAUGAAGUGGUCAAAUUAGAAACAACAUGUGGCCCCGGGAAUCCCUUAACAAGCCUUGAUCCUGAUGGUGGUUACCUCCAACCUAUUUCUAGUCCGUUACCCAGCAAUCUACUUAUCACCGCGUCCAUGGAUACCAAUAGAGAGGAGGCAUUGAUUAGGCUUCUUCAGAGACCUCCAUUUUCUGAACAACUCUCAAUCCUAGUCUACACUGCUAGCCGAGACCUCACUGAACGUCUUGCAGGAUACAUCCGAACACGUCUACAGGAAGUGAAGCAGAAGAUUGGCAAACGAAUCAUAGGCUGGAACACGGCAGUAUACCAUGCGGGUCUUUCGUCGAAGGAACGAGCGCGAGUGCAAAAGCGCUUCAUGGCCGGUAGGAUUCGUGUCCUUGUGGCUACCUCGGCUUUUGGCAUGGGUUUGAAUAAACAGGAUCUUCAGGCAGUCAUCCACUUCUCAUUGCCCAAGUCUUUUGAGAAUUACAUCCAGGAAAUCGGCCGUGUUGGACGCAGUGGUCAACAGUCCUUCUGUCACACCUUUUUACCUCCCGAUUUUUCCUCUGGGAACGUGCUUUGUGACGCUCCCACAAUUACGCCGGAGGAAGCACGCGAGGCUAACGAAUUAAGACGCCAUAUAUUCGCCAAUCACAUCGACAUUGUCCAGCUAAAACGUCUACUGGGCCUCGUAUUAGGCACUAGUGAAAGCCAAAAUCAUCGUGGUUACGUUGUUGCCCUCGAUCCAGACCAGGUCGCUGAUCAGUUGGAUGUGAAACCAGAGAGUCUGGCCACUUUGCUCACUUAUAUGCACCUCCGGUCGGAUAUGCCACCUUUGGUCACACUUCUUCCUCCUGGGCCUGCGAAAAUCACAGUUGACUGCUAUGGUGGUCCUCGUGAAUUAGCUCGCGUUUCAAACCGUAGUCUCGCUGUUUCAGCUUGGCUUGGUCACAUUAAGUCUUCCGCCGCAACCACAUCUUGUUCACUGGCGGCUCUACGCACAGUAAGCCUUGAUUUAGUGGCUCUGUGCAACACCUGGGGUUGGCGGCCGGACGCCGUGUGCCGGGAGCUACGUGCUCUCGAGUGGGACUCGGUUGACGGGUCCGUUCCCCAACGCACAGGAGUGAAUGUCUCUAUCAAUGGCUCACGUCGCGCUUCUUGGCUCUGGGUACAUGGCGAUCGCCUGCUGCACCGGCUGGAUGAGGAGUUGGCUUAUCUACAACGUCGCCUACAGGAUGUUCAACGUGCGGGUCUGCGAAGUUUAUCGCAGCUUCAAUCGGCCAUCGCGAUAGUGGCCGUGAAAUCCGUGGACGACAUAAAGUUUGACGAUAGUCUCGUGCAUGUUAGGUCUAAGGCAUUGCACGAACGAGCGAAGGCCCAUUUUAACGAAACUACUGAUGAAGCUCCAUGUACCUGGCCACCUUCCGUGUCUGCGGAAAAGGAAGGGUCUGUUCGCCGUACAGUGUCCGAUUUCCUUCAGUUGCAUGGUCAUAGUUUGAGUGGACAACUGACGGGCCGCGUGCUGGCGAAUAUUUUUCACGGAAUCGGUUCCCCAAAAUAUCCAGCAGUUUCCUGGUCUCGCGCGCAUCGAUUUUGGCGUGCCCAUCUCGAUGUUGACUGGCCAACUUUGCAGCGGAUCGCUACGCAGGAGCUGAUCCAGUCCGAUUUUGCAUUUAUGUGA